CUCAUUCCGAGGUUGAUUUAAAUCUCCCUGUCGACAGUCCCGGCCACAUUGGUAAAAUACAUAUGAUGAUAUUUUGCCAUAGGAGUACGAGACAUGUUACAGGUCCAGAUCGAGUUACGGUAGUACAGACCUCAUGUCGCUCAAGCCCUACUCAGAUCCCGGAUGAUAUUGCAAAACGCGAUAGCCUUGUCUCCUCGGCCACAUCCGCAUCACAGAUACAAAGGGUCUCAUAAAGGUCUCUUCAACCGUAGGCAAUCUCUUUAUAUUGCAAGUGCGAGUGAACUAUCGCUUAGCAUCCUUCACUUGCACAUAUUAUCACUAAGCCCCACAACCAUGCAGAAAUCCAUCUCAUUUCCGGUCUUCGUCAUCCUUAUCUUUGCUUACUUAUCCCUUCUUGCAUGUGCAAGUCCCAUCCCCAUCAUUCUUCCGCCCAGUGAGGGCAUCACUCUUUUCAAGGAUGUCAUUGCGCGUGAUGUUUUGCUCGAGGUUAACAUAUUGAGGCGUGAGCCUGCUCUACUUCUGGAGCUGCAUGAAGCCGCCGCCGUCUUGGUGCGAGACGAAGACGCAGGACUUAUCGCAGAACCCUCCAUACUUGUCGAUGAUCCUGGCGAUGCUCUGGAAGCACGUGUAUGUCGUUAUGGAUGCCUUUGAAUUUUUCUAUAGCAUUCCUCGCGCUGACGGGCUGUAUAUCUACUACAUUCAUUCAGUCCGGUACUCUCUGGAGAGCUCGUGUCGUCUCUCCGUCCGCU